AUGGCCGCCAUGACCGUCUUCACCACGGCGCUGUCCUCCAAGGUCAGCCCCGGCCUCAAGGCCCGCGUCGCCCCCAAGGCGUCCUCCAAGGCGUCCGGCGCCGUGUGCAUGGCGUUCGACAACAAGAAGGCGGCCGCGAUCGCGCUCGCCGCGGUGAUCGCGACCGCCCCGGUUUUCCCCGCCAAGGCGGACCUCACGUCGGACCUCCUCGCGCGCUCCGAGGCGAACAAGGAGCUCAACGACAAGAAGCGCGCGCUGACGUCCUCCGCGAACUUCGAGCGGUCCCGCACGGUGACGGACGGCGUGUGCGAGUUCCCGAAGAACUUCUUCGGCUGCGAGAUCGCGUCCAGCAACGGCGGCGUCGCGUUCCUCUCCGACGACAAGGACAUCGAGUGCGAGGGGACGCGCGACGGCAAGGUGUGCGCGUCCAAGGCCCCCGGGUCCUUCCCCCCGGUGUUCGGCCUGUAAACGUCCGCGUCGUUCCAUCGUCCAAAGUAGCUGAGGAGGCUAGGCCUACCUACUGACGAUGAAUUCGUGAGGCGCGAGGUUCGCGAGAAGAAGCGACGGAGAGGUCUUCUCGCGCGGCGCGGCGGACGGAGGUCUCCGGGUGGCGGCGGAGACGAGCGGCGGCGGUCGGGAGUCGGCGGCGUCCGACGUCCUCGAUCGACGGGUGCACCUAUUGUAGUACGUAAGAGAGGAGCCGAUAAUCAUCUCACGAGUGCGCGCCGGCGCCGCGCCGC